AUGUCCAACUCUUUCUUUGAGCGGGCCAACCCGCCUCCACGGCGGAAAACCUGUAUCGCUUGCACAAAGGCAAAGCGCCGCUGUGACCACGGUCAUCCCGCAUGCCUGCGGUGUUCGCGGCGGAAUAUCGACUGCGUCUAUCCCAGCCAGUCAGCUUCCAGGUCGAAAACACUAGCUGCCCAGCGCCCUCGGAAGAAUACUGAGACCCCUUUGCCGGAAGAUGGGCCAGUGGUUCCAGCCGAGACCCCGACUGCUACUACCGACGAGACCGAGGAGUGGGUAUGUGCAGACGCAGCUUUAGUGCCAUGGUCACAGGAUCCUGACCCUCUUCCACUGGAGAUGGAAGACAUGGAUGAAAUUGCAUUGAAUAUGGACUUUGACAACUUGAUCAACCCCGACGCCUUCUUUGGCGGAGCUUUGUCUGUCCCUGCCACCUUGACUCCAAGAGCCGAUCAUAUGCUGGUGUCAUCACAGUGUCCUCUUCCAGAGAACUCGUCCGAAGAUGUGAUAGCUAGUCGCGUCCAGUACGCCCUCGAUGUAAUGAAGGGAGCACCAUCGUCGAUGGUGUUGGAAAAUCAGACGCCAUGGUGCCACCCGUACCUAUAUCGAGCUCACAUGCCACGGGACAUGCAGGAUGCCCAAGCAUGCUGCGCUCUCUACAUAGCCAAGAACCCACACAACUCCUCCAUCGUCCUACGAACGAUUCAGGCUCGGGCUCACGAGCUGCUUGCUUCGCCUCUUCCCAAGGGUCGAACAGAAAUCCUAGCACGCAUCCACGCCAUCAUUCUCUAUCAAAUCAUCCGCCUUUUCGAUGGAGACAUCACCACGAGAGCCUCUGCCCAACAAACACUCUCCGCCUUCGAACCCGCGGUGCUCGCCCUACUGCCCUUUGUCAAAUGGAACCGUACCCAGCCCGAGACAGGCCCAGCAGAAGAACAGCAGCCAUGCCCGACGAAAGAUUUCUGGCAGGAAUGGAUCUUUCAGGAAUCCGCCCGCCGCACCAUCUUCUUCGUCAGCUUCUUUCUCGUCCUUUAUCAGACGCUCGUGGGACAAUUGAUAGCCGGAGGUUGUCGGGAGAGGUACAUCUUUUGUCAAUCUUGGACAAUGUCGGCUCAUCUCUGGAACUCACAAAACGUGGUUGACUUUGCCAUUGCAUGGCGAGAGAAGCGUCACUUUACAGCCAACAAGCAUUGUUUCACCGAUGUCUUGCGCGAGGCUGCUGCGGAUGAUGUCGAUGUAUUUGCGAGGAUGUUCAUGGUUGGGGCCUUGGGCAUUGACGAAACAAGGUUAUGGUUUUACAAUAAAGGCGGUUCUCUGUAA